AUGAAUCGUUUAAGAGUUUUCGUCAUUUACAGUGUAAUAGGUUUAACUCUCAUCCACAACGGGCUUCCAUUAGACAUGCACAGGGCGAAAAGAACGUUCUUAAAGGAUUCUCUGGAACUAGAUAAGCUACAACGUGCGGUCGAAAUAAGUCCUUUUGAGAUAUGGUUGUUCAAAGAGAAAUUCAAGUCCAUGCAAGAUAUUUUGCUAACAUCAGAGCUUCUGGAUGAAGAAGUUAUCGAAAGAAAAGGAACAAUAGAUCGACUUCAAGAUGCAAUGAAGAGAGCGUUGCUAGGUCAAGAUACUGUUGUUGUCGUUAUGGGUGGCUCAAUUUCAGCGGGGGGUGGAUUAAUCAAUGAUAACCCAGAUGUUAGAGGUACCUACUACCGAGUAUUUAUCGAUUGGUGGGAAAAAACCGUGGAACCAUUUACAAACUCAAAGAUAAGGCUACGCAAUCUCGCUAUUGGUGGUACCUGUAGCGAUUUUUACUUCUACUGCUUCAAUACUUUUUUACAGCCUCAAGAAACUAUGGACAUUGUGUUUCUUGAGUUUUCAGUAAACGAUUAUUUGAUUUUCAAAACAUCGCAAUUUCCAAAAGUGCUUUCACUUGAGAAACUUACAAGGAAGGUGCUAAGAGAACAAAACUUACCAGCGAUUAUAUAUGUCAAUUUUAUUCAGGGCGUCAAGAGCACUGCACAGUGCGACAAUCUUGAAAACUCUGGGCAGACCAUGCUCGCGUGGCACUAUGGGAUUACGAGCGUAAGCUCUCGCAAUGCAUUAUGUCCAAACGCUGAAAAACGAAAGAACCCGCUUAUGUAUUCAUCAGAUGGCAACCAUCCAAGCCUUAUCGCUCAUGCACAAAUGGCUUUAAUGAUAAUCAAUAGCGUCCGCAGUGCAUUAUUGAGAGCCAUACGUAACGCGAAAUGGAAUAUUCUCGAAAACCAUUCCUCAGAAGAGCUUCCCAGACACGUCUUCUAUUCUAUGGAGCCAUAUAUACCUCCUCUUUGCUAUACUCUUAUAACACCAGACAGAUUUCACAAGGUUGUAAAUCCUUCGCUGUUGAUCCAAGUGACUGAAAAUAAGGGAUUUAAACAAUUUGAAAUUAAAGGUAUUGGUUUUUUUAAAACACCUCAGGUGAAACACACUCAAGAACCUCAAAGAACAGACGGAUUUGGAGGCUGGCAAGCAGAGAAUGAAAAUUCUACUUUGAAAAUACGAUUGGUUUUACCCUGUGAUGUAGGAAAUUCAAAUUGCACUAAGUCUGUGGUCAUAGCGUUUCGUACUCACGGUUUCGGAGGGAAAGCUGAGGUGUGGUUAGAUGAUAACAGGCCAGGAACUGUGAUAGAUACAAUGUCGGGUUAUGGACACACACGUCUCGCAACCAUUGCUGAACACGUGACCUCGGGAAUUCACAUGCUACACUUGAGAACAAUGAAUGCGGGAAAAUUUAUGUUGUGUGGUGUGAUGGCUGGUGAGAGUUCUGUACCAACUCAUAAGUAG